CGCGUCCUCAGCACAACAUCGCCCUCGCUCCUCCUCUUCCCUCCGCUGUUCCAUGCUCGAAGAACAGAGUCGUUGGCUCCAAGGCUUCGAUCGGAUCAGCUUGGUCAAGAGCUCUCAGACCGAUGACGAAGCAGAACGUGGUGGUGCCGAAGGUGGCGGUGGCGAUGCCGCCCAACUCGGCGCCGCUGUUCCCGUACCCGCCGCCGCGGGCCACGCCUGGGAUCACCGUGCGGAAGAAGUACCUGCAGGCGCAGAUGGAGCUCGGCGCCGGGCUCAUCAACGGAUCGGUGGAGUCCAUGCGGGCGUCCUCGCCCACCCACUCCAAGGUGGCCGGCGCGCUAGCCGCCGGCGUCGACGAGGAGCACGCCGCGUGGAUGGUGAAGCACCCGUCGGCGCUGAGCAAGUUCGAGCAGGUCGUGGCGGCCUCCAAGGGGAAGCAGAUCGUGGUGUUCCUCGACUACGACGGCACGCUGUCCCCCAUCGUCGACGACCCAGACGCCGCCUACAUGUCCGACACGAUGCGGCGGGCGGUCCGGAGCGUCGCCAAGCACUUCCCGACGGCGAUCGUCAGCGGUCGGUGCCGCGACAAGGUGUUUGAGUUGGUGAAGCUGGCGGAGCUGUACUACGCCGGCAGUCACGGCAUGGAUAUCAAGGGCCCCGCGAAAGCCUCCAGGGACACCAAGGCCUCCAAGGCGAAAGGAGUUCUCUUUCAACCGGCGAGCCGGUUCGUGCCCAUGAUAGAGCGGGUGCACGAAUCUUUGAUACAAAAGACAAAGUGUAUACCUGGAGCCAAGGUGGAGAACAACAAGUUUUGUGUAUCUGUCCACUUCAGAUGUGUCGAUGAAAAGAGCUGGAGCACAUUGGCGGACACCGUGAGGUCAGUGCUCAAGGACUAUCCGAAACUGAAGCUCACGCAAGGGAGAAAGGUGUUCGAGGUGCGGCCCACCAUCAAGUGGGACAAGGGCAAGGCCCUCGAGUUCCUCCUCGAGUCGCUCGGGUUCGCCGACUGCAGCGACGUGCUGCCGGUGUACAUCGGCGACGACCGAACCGACGAGGACGCCUUCAAGAUGCUGCGCAAGCGCGGCCAGGGCGUUGGCAUCGUCGUGUCAAAGUACCCCAAGGACACCAGCGCGUCCUACUCCCUGCAGGAGCCCGCCGAGGCAAGUGCACUGCCUAUUAUUAUCUCCAGUCCACCUCACACGCCCCCGCCCGCUGUCUUUCCCGGGGACCACCGUGCGCCGUCGGUGUUGCCGAGUUAACUCCGCCGGCGUCCGCUUCUGCGGCCACUUGCCGCCCCGACGCUGACAUCCGUGCUCUCUGUCGCUUUUACGUUCCUGUGCAGGUGAUGGAGUUCCUGCUGCGGCUCGUCGAGUGGGAGCGCCUCUCCAAGGCCAGCCCCAAGUGGUGAUCUACCGGACUGUGAUUAGGAGGAGAUUGCCAAAGGGAUUAGCGGUAUAUUUGCUACGAUUACGGGUGAUUAUUUAGAGGGAGCCUAUCUUUAUUAGGUGCUAGCUCCUGUACGUGUGAGUGUGGUGUCGUACGUUAACAUUGCUGAGUUCACUGUGCACAGUCAUGUGUGUCCACGGCGCCUCCCUCUUUUUACGGGGGCGCCCUGUGGUUUACUGUGGACCAAGGGAGCUUCGAAGAGCUUAAGCUUUUGCUCUCUUGGACCGGCCCUGCCUAGAGAAUGGUUGCUGCGCAGCAAGGUGAAAGUGUACGUGCUGUUGUGUAAUUAUUGUGGUUGCCAUGGCUGCUGAAUUCUGAUUGUGUAAAAGAGCAAUAUGAUAUAUGAAAGCUGUCAAUGCUAAAUCUCUCCUUUUGGCCCA